UGUGUUUAUCCUAAAUCCCUCACCACUUUGAGAAAAGUUUUUAUGCACUAAAAUUAAAAGAGAGUAAUGUUUAAUACCCUUCAAAUCAUAAAACAUCCAACUAACUAAUGAUUGCCAGUUCACUCAAUAAUAAGAUCGAAGAUUUAUUAUCACAUUUAUAUGAUCAAGUAGCUUGGCAUCACUUGUGUUUUUAAUAUUCGAAGACUAUUUUACUCUUGUUGCAUUUUAUUUCCUCUUCUUUAAUCGUAAUUUUAAAAUAUGUUUAAAUUUUAUUAUUACAAUGAACAUGCAUACAAUUUUAAGUUUGUCGCGCCACUCGGACUUCAUUUAUAUUUUUUAUUUUGAUGUGUAAUUGUUUGUGAAGCUUUUUUAUUUACUAACAGUGGCGUAGCUAGGGGAGGGCGGCAGGUGCCCGUAUAAUUUGGCCCGCUUUUCGAAGGGGUACUCGUCGCUAGAGGUGUCAAACUAUCAAUGGGACUAUCGAUAGUAUUUUUUUUGACUAUCAAUGAGUAUUGAUAGUUUUUUUCAAACAGAUCAAAACUAUCGAUUGUGUGACUAUCGAUAGUUUGACAUCUCGCUCAUUACUACUCUGCAUUUUAAAAUAACGACAUCGAGUUAGUUUGCUAUUUUUCGUAUUUAGAAAAAAUAAAUUUGACUACAAUAUUAGUAGUUUAUUACAACUAAAAUACUAAGCUGUAGAUUUAAAUGACGGUUCCUUCCAAAAUGGAAAUCGGGGACAGCAAUUCAUCAGGUGGUCAUAUUUCUAAAAAAUAAUUUCUCAUACUACGCGCCUUUUCGUACGCAGAUGCGCCAGCGAACAAAAAACAAAAAAAAUCGUAUGUUUGGAAGCAUUUCCAACUAAAUGCUGACAAAAAAUUUGCAAAAUGCAUUAAGUGCCAAAAAUUAUAUAAAACUAGUGGAAAUACUUCCAACUUAAUGGACCACCUUAAGCGUGCUCAUCCAUUGCACGCCGAGCAGGCGAAGCCCGGCAGCACAAUGAACCAUUUUUUUAGAAAAGAUGAUAUCUGCGGCAAUAAUUCUACGCGGAAAGCAGACAUUGAUUAUCGUUGGCAAUAAUGGUUGCUAUGGAUGUACAACCAUUUCGCAUUGUCGAAGAUCAAUUUUAGAUUUAGAGAGCUCGUUCGGUGUCUAGAUCCUCGAUAUGAACUACCAUCUCGAAAUACCAUUCUGAAUGUUCAUAUACAAAAGCUUUAUGAAAAUGGUAAAACUAAAUUACAAAGCUCGCUAAUGAACUCAACCAUUCAGCUGCAAACAUUUCAGUAUCGUUGCGUGAGUGCCUGGAAAAUGGAAUAUAUUCCAAAAAGUCAACUGCGUGGUUACAGACAACGCUGCAUCAAUGAUUAAAGCCUGUGAACUGCUUCAGAAGAGGCAUCUGCCGUGCUUUGCUCAUUACAUCAAUCUUGUAGUACAAGACCUUUUGUCUACUGAAAAAGUAAAAGCAUUAUUGUCGAAUUGCAAACGCAUUGUAGCACAUUUCAAAAGCAGCACUAUUGCAUAUGCAAAAUUAAAGAAAGAACAGGGUAGCGAAAAACAGUAUAGCCUGAUUCAAGAAGUUAAAAGAUGGAAUAGCGCGUUUGCUGUGGUUCAGCGAAUUUUACUUAUUAAGGAUGCCAUCUUUGCAGUGCUUUUAAGAAAACCAAAAUCGCCACCAGUUCUAACAGCAGAGGAAAUAGAGCAACUUCAAGACAUAUGUUUAUUGCUGGAACCAUUCAACACAUAUACAAGCAUUUUAUCGGGUAAUAAAUAUGUGACGAUUUCGCAUAUAAUUCCCAUUGCAUGGGGUUUGCACUCAACGUUAAUGAAGCUUCAAUCAAAAUUGAAAACUUUUGUUGGAUCGGAAGCACAGUUGUACUUAUGCGACAAAAUUAAACAGAGGCUGUUUCCAUAUGAAUCCAGAAGUGCUACUAGAUUAGCCACCUUGCUAGAUCCGAGAUUUAAAAAAGAAGGUUUUCAGUCAGGUCAAAAUGCGGCCCAAGCGUCUAUGUUGCUGGAAAACGAAUUGGUUGUAAUCAACAGAAUUGCAGCAUUGUCAUCGAAUGACAACAGGGAGGAACCGUCUGCAUCAAAAAGCGUUAAAAUUCCACAGAUUUAUGAGUUUUUGACAGAGAAGCUAUCCAGCAAAGUCAAAUCCAACAGAGCGGAUGCUAUCAUCACACUACGCGAAUACACUGAAAAACCCAAUGAGCUGCUAGAUGUAGACCCAUUGGAAUACUGGAAGGUAGCAAUGACAUUUUGUGUAACGCUUAUAUAAACAAACAUUUAUCUCAAUUUCAGGCUAGAUCGACUGAAAUGAAGUCAAUGCAAAUCAUGGCAUGCAAAUAUUUGUGCAUUCCGGCAACUUCAACGGAGUCUGAGCGUAUGUUCAGCAAAGCUGGAGAAUUAGUUUCAGGCAGACGAACAAGACUGAAGGAA